UCCACUUAAAAGCGUCGGCCCGCUACGCGCGGCCUCUUCCUGCCUGUGCCAGGGCGGCGCGUGGUGCACCGCGAGGGAGUGAGGCGCCCGGGACGCACCCUCAGGAUGACCGAGUGGGAGACCGCAGCACCUGCGGUGGCAGAAACCCCGGACAUCAAGCUGUUUGGGAAGUGGAGCACUGACGACGUGCAGAUCAAUGACAUUUCCCUGCAGGACUACAUUGCGGUGAAGGAGAAGUAUGCCAAGUACCUGCCCCACAGCGCGGGGCGGUAUGCUGCCAAGCGCUUCCGCAAAGCACAGUGCCCCAUCGUGGAGCGCCUCACCAACUCCAUGAUGAUGCACGGCCGCAACAAUGGCAAGAAGCUCAUGACCGUGCGCAUUGUCAAACAUGCCUUUGAGAUCAUCCACCUGCUUACUGGUGAGAACCCUCUGCAGGUCCUGGUGAACGCCAUCAUCAAUAGCGGCCCCCGAGAGGACUCAACACGCAUUGGGCGAGCUGGGACAGUGCGACGACAGGCUGUCGAUGUGUCCCCUCUGCGCCGUGUGAAUCAGGCCAUUUGGCUGCUGUGCACAGGCGCUCGUGAGGCUGCCUUCCGGAACAUCAAGACCAUCGCUGAGUGCCUGGCAGAUGAGCUCAUCAAUGCUGCCAAGGGUUCUUCCAACUCCUAUGCCAUCAAGAAGAAGGACGAGCUGGAGCGUGUGGCCAAGUCCAACCGCUGAGUUCCCAGCUGCUGCCCAAUAAACUUUUCUGCCUUUGGAGCAGUUCCAC